CAUUUUGACUGCAUGUCUCUUUUCAGGACAUCGUGACCCUAGACACACGGGCUGCUCUCGUCCAGCAGUGAGCAGCAGCCAGCUGUCAGAUCGAAUCAGGCUCUGUCGUGACUCCAGCGAGUCACACGGUGAAAGAGUUAAAAAGUGGGAGGAUGCAAAGGAGAUUGGAGUCAGUACAAAGUGUCCAAGAGAGGAAAGAGCAGCAGCACACAGGACCCGAUCAGGGGGUUUCAUCUGCAAGAUGCUGCACGAAACCCCACAAGGUCACAGCUUGAAUUUAGUCAGCAUCUGCCUGCAUCCUGCCUCUGAUUUCCCAGCAUCCCAGCCCAAUUCUGGAUCUUUUUGGCAGCCAACCGGGUGCCUCUGCAGUCAUUUUGAGCUCAUCUGUUAAGUGAAGCAGGACUGGAUGUAAUCUGUGGAUUUCUGUGGGGAUUUCUGUCAUACGGGUGUUUAAAAGUGACCCAUCGGGGGUGGAGGGUCUCAGUGUGAUCCUGAAAAGAGUCUUAAGAUGAGUCUGAACAGCAGCCAAACUCUGACAGUCAGCGGGCAGGAUUUGGUGAGGAAUGGCAGCAGCAGUGGCAGACCCCCUUGGGAAGAAGCUAGAGCAGCUCUGAAGCCCUCCACACCCACGAAGAAACCCCAACCACCCAAGCCGCAGAACGCCAUCACCAUCGCCGUGUCGUCCCGAGUCCUCUUCAACAUGGAGAAGGAGCAGCAGAUCUACGAGCAGCAAGGGAUGGAGGAGUACAUCAAGUACCAGGUGGCUCACGAGACCGAGCCGUUCAGCCCUGGACCGGCCUUCUCCUUCGUCAAGGCUUUGGAGGCGGUCAACACCAAACUGAGGGAGCUUUAUCCUGACAGUGAAGAGCUUUUCGAUGUGGUUCUCAUCACCAACAACCACGCCUACGUUGGCCUAAGACUCAUCACCACCAUCAAUCAUCACCAGUUAGUCAUCGAGCGUUUCUGCAUGACAGGAGGAAACAGUCCUAUAGGCUACUUGAAGGCCUACCAUACUAACCUUUACCUAUCUGCUGACCCGGUUAAGGUCCACGAGGCUCUGGAUGAAGGUAUAGCAGCGGCCACCAUGUUCACACCAGAGAAGAUGACAGAAGUGUCGGAGACGCAGCUGCGCGUCGCCUUCGAUGGCGACGCCGUUCUUUUCUCAGAUGAGUCGGAGCAGAUUUUCAAGGCCCACGGACUGGACAAGUUCUUUGAGCACGAGAAGACGCACGAGAACAAGCCUCUGGACCAUGGACCUCUGAAGGGCUUCCUGGAGGUUUUGGGGAGGCUGCAGAAGAAGUUUUAUGCCAAAGGUCACCGAAUGGACUGUCCCAUCCGGACCUACUUGGUGACGGCUCGCAGCGCGGCCAGUUCUGGUGCCAGAGCUUUAAAAACUCUGCGCUCGUGGGGUCUGGAGAUCGACGAGGCUCUGUUCCUGGCAGGAGCACCCAAGGGUCCGAUGCUGGAGAAGAUCAGGCCUCAUAUCUUCUUCGAUGACCAGAUGUUUCAUGUGGAGGGGGCAGCGGAAAUGGGGACGGUGGCAUGCCACGUGCCCUAUGGGAUCGCCCAGAAGGUUCCAAGGAAAGGAGUAAAGGACAAAGAGACUUCUAGUGCAGUUAAGUAGCUGGGAUGUUUCUGUGCAAGAGACACCAACCACGGGCAUGUAGCUGCACAAAGAGUAAAAAAUUACAGAAGAAAUCAUCUUUUGAGAUGCAAGCUCACGCAAGUGCGCCAUGCUUAUUACCAAAAGCUAAUUCUAGCAGCACUUUAGUAUUAUGUUAAAUUAUAUUUAUAUAAUUUUAUUCAUUUCUCCAGUCAACGGAAAUCGGUUUAAUGAAACAGGAUUUGGAAUGGCAGCUCGAAAGUAGGAGAUGAUUAUGUAAAUACUGUCAUUAUGGAAAAGACAGAAAUAUUUUUAAUUAAUUUAUCAGGUUUAUUAAUUUUAAGUUAAUGUUAUUUUUUCAUUCAAGUCUAAACACAAGACCUUUUGGAUUCAGAGCAUAAAACAUUGCAUUUUUCUUUUUACAAAGCAUGAGACUUUACUUUAAUGGUUGUGAAAUCAUCACAAACAUAGUUGGAUCUUUAUUGUUUCAUUAGCAGCAGAAAAUGUGUCUGAUGUGGCAACAAGUGGCUGUUUUACCCGGAAAAACGUGUUUUAAAAACAUCUCAAUUCCUCUAAAAUAACGUAUUUUCAUUAAACCCCAAAAAGAUUGGAAAGAAAUUCAAAAUUAUGUUAAGAGGUUCAAAAAUCUAGUGAUUAUUUGAGUUAUUUAGAUGUAGAAAAAAAACUAAAAACUUUAUUUGAAUGAAUUUCCAUUUUUACGCAGAUUUGAAGUGAAACUUGUGCCUUUUCACAAUUUUCUCUUUUUUCGUACUUUAUGCUUGUUAUGUUGCUGAUGGAGUCAUGUAGGUGUUUGCAUUUAAAAACAAAGAAUAAACAACAUUUUAAUAUCCGUUUCUGCUCCAAUGUGCUAAUAUCCAACGUUUGCUCGCUGCUCGUUCCGGAGUGCUGAAUGUUGUUAUCAGCUGUGUGUGUCCAGUUCUGCACUUAAUGUUUCAUCACUUACGUCUGCGUGUGCUGAAGGUGGACAGAUAAAUAACUGUUCACUGUUUUAAGCUUGGAAAUAAAAAGGAAUCUUUGAA